CAAAAAUAUAAAUGUUGGGAGCAGAAAGUCACAUGGAUUCAGCAGAGGAAAAGUAACUCUAGGAAUGAUGGAUGCAGUGAGCAGUGAAUACUUGCCAAUGUUGGGAGCAGUUGAAUAAUUGCUUUAAUUCUAUUGUACUGCAGCUUGGUUGGUUGGUUCUCUUGCUUCUUCUUUUUUUUGCUAUGGUGACUUGGUAAAGUUCAGGAGGCUUAAAGUUGGCUGCACGGUCGCUCCACAUCUUUGCCAUUGGCUGAAGAUCAUCCAAAUUGAAGUGCUUUCUUCUUCAUCCUUGCCUGCUCUGCUCUAGCACUCAUGGUCUUGCAGCAGUGUGCCGGCGAGGAUGAGGAGACCAUCCCACUCUCCGGCGACCGGGCCUUCUUCACCGCCGUCAUGUGCAAGACCCACGUCCAGAAACCCUACGUGCUGGUAAUCCCGGCUCACUUCCAGCGCCCGCUGCCGGCGAGGCGCACGCCGGUGGUGCUGCGGUGCCGCGGGAGCUCGUGGAUCAUGAGCUACUGUGGCCACACCACACUGAAGAACCUCGACGCGGGCUGGGCGGACUUCGCCAUCCACGAUCGGCUGCAAGUCGAAGAUGCGUGUGUGUUUGAGCUACUGUCCAGGGAUGCCGAAGAUGUCAGCAAGGGUGAGGUGGUGCUCGAGGUGCAGGUGCUCCGAGGUGGUGGCCUGCCGGAGCCCGAGGAUCUCGCAACCAAAGGAGACACCACCGACGAGCCCAUCGUCAUCUUGGACCAAAGCUAA